AUGCCACAACUUGAAGAACAUCCAACCUUUCCAACAAUGAUAUGGCAGCAAGACAGUGCACCACCUCAUUACGGGGUGGGGGUACGAGAUUAUUUAGAUAAUUUAUUUUUACAGUGGAUUGGGCGUCGAGGAACUAUUGAAUGGUCACCGCGUUCUUCGGAUCUUACCCCAUGCGAUUUCUCACUAUGGGAAAUGAUAAAAGAUCGUGUCUACGCUCAAAAAUCUAGUGAUGCGAAUAAUUUGAAAUUAUUAAUUGAGCAAGAAUUUACAUCGCUCAAUGAUGAUAUCGAAUUAUCCCAAGCACUCUGUCGUUCUGUAGCUAAGCGGUGUCAGAUGUGUAUUAGUACAGAAGGCAAACAAUUUGAACAUUUACUGUAA